GUUAUCUUAACAAUAACUAUGUCCUACUUAUAAGAUUUACAUCACGUUUUUGAAAUAAAAAUUGUUUUUGAUGAAUGAUUAUGCAUGGCAUGAUAAAUGUCUUUUAGGCUCCAUUGUUUUACACCCAGAUUGUCUUGUUACUGAUCUAUUUUUUGCAUUGAUGUGUGAUGUGCUUGACAUCAGUCUUACCAAAAUUUCUAUUGAUGCCCAAAUCAGUUUUGCUUAAUUUCUCUUGCUAAUGCUAUCUGCAUGUAGCUUUUAGCUCCUUCAAUUUUCCCUUAGGUGGUUGAGGCUUUAGCUAACUAAUAAUGAAAAUUCAGAAUGCCAAAGGAGAGAGGAAAUGGGUCUUUGUUACAUGAUAGUUGUGUUGGAAUUUAAAUGCUUAGACAUAAGACAUGCACACACUAUUAUGAUCAUCUUGUGGUUUACUUUGUUUUUGGUUAAACUAACUCUGUACUACAUCAACAAGGAGACAAUUGUCUUCUUGGCUAAAGACUGCUCUGUAUCACGGAAGAGAAAUUCAUAAUUCAUGUUGAGUUGGGCUUCUACUUUUAGGAACUCUUGAUUCUUAAGCUCACUUUCACGCCACAGCACGGACGGUGGAAUUUUCUGGGAAAACUUUCCUAGAAAAUAGACGAUGGCAUGCAAUUGCAAAUCUCCCUUGACAAGCUACCAAUCAAGCGCUUGGAUUCCAUUGAAGAAAAUGGAGUUGAACGAUUCCCGCCAGAUCUGGAUUACGAUGCGAAGAGGCUAUCCUUAAUUAGGCAAAUUGACUUCGCUUGGGCUGUUGAGAAGGAUGAGGAGAAGAAGAAGCAGAAGAGCUCAAGAGAGACCUCAACGACAUGGCAAUGGCAGGACUUGGUAGAAAAUUUGCAGUUGGCUCAUCAGGAGCUCUCUGUCAUUAUAGAUCUCAUUAACAUUGUUGAAGCAAAUGAUGCGGUAACAGUGGCUAGCAUGACAAGACCAAAACUAUUACCAAAUGAAGCUUUAUCUGACCGGGCUGUAUCUGCAGCCAUCAAGCUGCAAUGUUACCGCCAUGUUGGGAAAUAUUUCAAGCAAUCUGCCAAGGCUUUUGAACAACAGGUUGCUCGGGAAGCUAGGUUUUAUGGUGCCCUUAUCAGGUUGCAGCAAAAUUGGAAGGUUAAACGGCAACGUCAGGCAGCUAUUGUUCCAGGGAAUGAAGGCUUCACCUUUGAUCUCUUUGAUAACUCAUACGACCAAGCAGCUAUUAUUCGCUCAUUGUCUAUGUCCACUGUUCGAGUCAAUCACGAUGCAGCUGGAAUGCUGGCAAUAAAUGUGUCUCCUGAUUUAUGCCAUUCUCUCCAAUUGGGUUUUGUUGGUGUACAAACAGAUGAUACACGGAGGAAAUCCAAUGAAAACAAAUCCCAAUUUUCAGGUGAGCAUAAUUUGGGAGAAACAGGUGAAGAGUCCUUAAGUGAUGAAGAGUGUGUUAAGAAAGCACAUUCACUCCUUCGUGAAGUACAUGAAGCUAUUUUCAAUGAACAGGUGUUUGAUCUGGUGAAUCAAUAAACAUUUAAUCAGUUGCAGGUGCCAGUGUGAUUGGAAUACGGGAAAACUAUUUACAAUUAAGCUUAGGUCAAGGAACCUCUGUGUACUUAAUACUAGUGUCCAAUAGUCAAGAUCAUUCUACAGUUGAAGGUGAACUCACCGAUAACGUAGAAAAUGCAAUUUUACCUCUAAGAAAGGGCAGUUUUCUAAUUCCAUCUGUAUGGGGGAGGGAUGUUGUACGCAGCCUUACCCUUGCAUAUACAAAGAGGCUGUUUCCGGAUUCGAACCCAUGACCAACAGGUCACCAAGGCACAACUUUACCGCUGCACCAGGGCUCGCCCUCCUUUCUAAUUCCAUCUGCUAUGAGAUUGAUAUUCAACAGAUUUUUCUUGAACAUAUAUUUGGAAAAGGUGGCGAAAAACCAAUUUCCGUUGGAAAUCGUUUGUCUGGCGUACAGGAAAAGGAUGGGUCCAGUCUUCUUGGUCAUUUUUUAAAAUCUUUGGCUCACAGGAUAUUUUCAACAAAAGUUCUUGCAGAGCUGGAAAACGUGGUAUGACUCUUUCCGAAGUUGGUUGUAAAAUGGACAUUUUGUUAAGUUUUUUAUACCUGCAGGUAUGCAAGGUCCCAUAUCUACAGCUAAUUUCUAAUCCCACAUGGCAUUCUCGGGCUUCGUCAUGGACAAUCUACAUGGAGGUUCCUCAAUCUAUUCUUCGUGGUAGCCAAACCAAAACAUCUGAUUAUUAUGAGCUGGUGGUAAAUGAUGAUUGCAUCAACGUUAAAGCUGAAGGUUCUCCAAAUGUCGCAGGCCUGUUCAAAUGAAAGUUUGAGGAAACCCAUUCAAUAAACAAAUAUAACUGCAACUUAGCUGAUCUUCCUGUGAUUAUUAUGCAGCAGAUAAAGUGAGAAAAAAAUUGAUGUCAUUGCAGUGACUUUCGUAUUCCUAAGUGGAGAAUUUUCAUAUAUGUGAGUCUUACGUGUAAUUAUACAGCAAGCUUAUUACUGCAAUUGAAAUCAUGCAGGUUGCGAGCCAAAUUAUUAAUCGGCUCUAUCAGGUAGCUAUGGUGGUUGGGAUAAAAGCAAAUCGAGACUUCUUAUGCCUAUCUUUUGAGCUGGAGCAGGGUGAAACACUUGGCCUGGUUGCAAGUGUUGUUGAUCCAGAAAAUAGUGAAGGGUGUAUAUCUUGGUGGUUGGUCAUGGAGGACAGUUUUGCAGAGGAGCAAAAGCUUCAUAUGAGCAUCACGGAUGGUGCAUCUGAAUAUAGGAAAUUCCUAGGUCACUUGUCUCUUGAUUUGUUAUACACAACACUGAUCGACUUGGUUGGCUUGUGCAGUGGUGGAGGUGGCCAAUGAAGUUGUGUGAAUGUUUUUCUUGCACUUUGUCAAGUGAAAGAAGAUCUAGGACUAGGAGGUCUCUUGUGCAACAAUUGUAUAUAAUUUAUGUACACUACCUCUCAACUGAUUUAUGAGAGAAAUAAGGGGGUGUUUUUUAAUAUUAGAUGAGAUGAGAUGAAGAGAAAAA